AUGAGUCAAUAUGCAACACCACCCAGGGAACAGCUUUCCAGAGACCGAGCAGACUAUUCGUCGCUCCAAGCAUCCACGGCACUGCCCUCUGCGUCCUUGAACCAACGAAACAGUAUUUUGGACCCGCAUCUUUCGGUAUUGCAGCUUCUGGAACGCGCUGAGCAGCAUACACCAGCUUCUCAAGCCGAGAUUGCUAAAUUCAAGAGACCAGAUUUCAUACGAUCUCCGUCACCUCCCAAAAAAUGUGCUUCGGAAGCAAUGCAUCGCAGUAUCUCCGACUCCUGGCAGUCCAUCAGACGCACCGAUUACUCUAUCCUCAAUGUUCUCAAUGAUUGCACCUCUGCCGAACAGCAAAGAAAUACCCAGCAACAGCAACAGCAACAGCAACAGGCACAACAACAGGCGCAACAACAGGAACAGCAACAGCAGCAACAUCAGCUAGCGGGUGUUCUUUCUUCGUCUGAUACCUCUGAGGACGAACCAGACCAUUUUUUGUCCCCAUCGCCAAACCAGUACAGCUUCAGUGGCGCUGCAAAUGCUAUAUUUUCUGAUCCACCACACGCUCUGGAUCCUCCCACAUUAGCUGCGUACCGUGAAUCGGGACUCAACUUUGCAAAUGCAGGUGCUCAAAGUCUUAGUGGCCACGAUCACAUCAAGGACAACGAUAUCGACAAUGAAACGGUGACUUUGAGUCUCAUGAACUCGUCGAAUUCCUUUGUUAUGCCCAAGUUGUCAGUUGUAAAACCACCCCAAAAGUUCUGCAUUCUAAUCGUUGGCAAGCCUGCUCAACGAUUUUACCGCGAUAUUCCUCGGUCGUACCGUAAAUUAUUUGAUUUCUGUGACGCCAACAGCCUCGACUCUCGCGAAUUGAAUCAGUACAGUGCCGUUAUGAUCAUAUUCACCGAACCCAAAAACGAAACGACGCUUCUUGAAAAAGUAGCUUCUCAAAACAUCAACAUUAUUGCUGUAUGCCAGCGUGGACAGCAGCAGCAGAUAUCGGGACUCCUUAGCGGUUAUUCUCGCUCAUAUGAUCUUCGCUUGAUCUACCACUUGACAGUAAUGUCUGACCAUCAAGAUGUUCAUCGUUUGCUUCGUUACCUGCACAGUUUGAGCUCCGAUGCGGACUCUGGCUAUGAAACUGAGGUGGGCUCUCGCAAGAUUCGAAAGCGGCGCAGAUCACAGAAAAGAAAAUCCAGUAAUUUCAAUGUCAACCGAUGGAUAAUGUGGAGCAUAUCGUUGACUGUUGGUGUUGGGAUCGGAUACUCCAUUUCGUGCGUUUUGUCAUCCACAAUAUCAUUCCGAGACGGCACCCUCUCCCUGGCCUCCGCAAGUGAUGCUUCUGGCCUGGAAGACGUCUCGGUCGCAUCCCAUGAGCAUACUUUUGAGAAUUACGUUCGCCAGCUGGUUCUGGCGUGCAAAAGGGCCGUUAAGCAGCUCAAUGUAUCUGUGAAGCAGUAUAUGAACGGCCAUUCUCUGCUUGUUCUCUGGAUGCAACGAAUGGGCAAAGAGUGGAUGUCUGAAGAUCCUGAUUCUUCUUUACCGGGAGUCGCAGCGCUAGACCUGGUUUUAAUGUGA